GCAGCCCAGGGGGGGAAGAGUCACAUUAAAAAAUUUGAGCCAGGUGUCAGAGCUUCGGAGGCUCUCCUGGCUCUCUCCUGCGGCUCCGAGGAGCGAUUUACCGUUAAUUAUUAAUUAAUCCACUCUCAGCCCCUAAGCUAAACACACGCUCUUCCCCCCUCCCAGCCCACCUCCUUCUCAGACGGGGGGCGUUUGAUGCCUCCCACCCCUGCUCGUUAACAUCCCGCCCCGCCGCAGGAACUGCCCCCGGGGGAGGCUGCGGGGGGAGCGGACAGAAGGACGGACAGACAGGCGGAGGUGCCGCAGUACCGCCGGCAGCCUCGGCCCCACAGCGCGGCGAGCCCCCGGCCACCUCCGCCCCGAGCAUGCUGCGGCUGAGCGGCCCCAUCCUGCUGGUGCUGGGGGUGGUGGUGCUGGGCCGUGCCGUCCCGGCGGCAGAGGAGUAUGAUCUGGAAAUAACCAACAAUGGUCCCAUCACAACAGGAGCUCAAGCCACUGUUCACGCUACUCUAAGGAUUAAGAACAACAGCCUUGCAUCAAGCUUGUAUCACUUUAACUGGAUUUAUGCUCCUCUGAUUCUGAUAGAGAAAUCCGAGCGGCAGUUGAACUCUGUGAUUAAUGUGACUGGUGAAUUUCCUGGGACUUUUCCUGUGUCUGUCUGGGUCACUCAUAGAAACUGUUGGUUAUGUCGGCCAGUUGCUAGGAAUGUCACUGUGCUUCAGGUCACAGAAUUUAUCACAGGGAAUCUUACCAUUGCACAGAUAGAAGACAGUAGAUUUAUCAGACAUGGUUCUAGCCCCUCCACGGGUGUUGUGACCCGGAUUUCUUUCUGUCUUCAUGAUCCAAGUGACUACUUCAAGUCAGCAUCAUUUGUCUACAACUGGGAUUUUGGAGAUGGAGUUUAUCAGAUUACUAAGGAACCCUUUGUCUACUGCAACUACUCCACCAUGGGGAAUCGCACAGUACAUCUGAAAGUCAUAGCUGAAUGGGAGCAAAUUGGAAGCAUCAUACAUGAAAAAGAAACCAUGCAGAAAACUGGUGAUUUUACCACUGCUCUGGAGCUGUUAGAUGCUGUUAAAAGCAUUAAUGUACUGGGCUCCAGAGAGACUCAUGUAAUGGAAAACUUGAGUUUAUCUCUUCAUAUCAAUGGCACCCCACCGCUGUCAUUAUGCUGGCUUAUAAAGUCUGAGUGCAUUCCACUGGAAGGUGAAAAAUGCCAUCUGGUGGUGAUUGAUGGCUCCUGCUACAAUCUCAGCCAUACCUUCAGCGAUGCUGGGCAGUACUGCCUCAGCGUCCGAGUGGAGAAUGGCGUGACGAUGCUGCAGACCUACCAUGAAAUAAAAGUGUGGCCAACAGGGAUCCAGCCAGCUUUCUUUGUCCUGCUCUGCGUCGCUCUGGUUUCAGUGAUGGUAGGACUGGUGCUGUACAUGACCUUUCGAAGUAACACACAACAGAAAGACCUCGUGGAGGUAGCUGACUUUGACUUUUCUCCACUGUCUGAUAAAAACCUGUCUUCUCAUUCGGAGCCAGGCUGUGGCCAAAUAUGUUGCAGAUCAUGUUUUCUUCAGUCAUCUCAAGAAACUGCCAGGGAGAGUCAUGAACUUCUACUUUCCUUUUACAAGCCAGUCAAAAUGUACACAGUGUGAAGAACACAAUUGCACUUUGGUUGCACUAACUCCAAGUUUAACUUUCUCACUUACGGUGAGUUACAAGCCCAGUGCUGCAUGAAUGAUUUAUUUUUGCCAAUGUGAUGAGGUUAACCACUUUGCUAAGUCCAGCACUUGAGUGUUUAAUUGUGUGAUCCAAAAAAGAAAGAGCCUGAAACACAGUAAAAAUAGCUUUGUAUUUUAAAAUUAUACGGGUGUAUACAUUUACAGCUGUAAAAGCAUUUUAUUCUUACGAAAAAAUAUUUUAUGUGCAGAUUUGCUAAACUCACUACCUCUUAUAAUUUCUCUGUUCCUUUUGCUGUCUAUUUCAAAGGAGAAUGCUUAAAACAUACAUACCUCUCUUUCUUAUGCCAUAAAAAUAUUACUGGAAAUGCAAGUUAUCCAAAA